CUCCUUCCUUCCGUUGGCCUGGCUGGCAGAAGCACCCUGGGCCUGCUGACCCACCUGCGUAGGAACGCCAGUAAAGUUCUGGGUCAACGUGGAGGUGCCAGGCCACCAUGCUCAGUCUCAAGCUACCCCAACUCCUGCAAGUCCACCAGGUCCCCCGGGUGUUCUGGGAAGACAGCAUCAUGUCUGGCUACCGCUGCCCCACCAGCUCGGCCUUGGACUGUAUCCUCAGCUCCUUCCAGAUGACCAACGAGACUGUCAACAUCUGGACUCACUUCCUGCCCACCUGGUAUUUCCUGUGGCGCCUGCUGGCGCUCUCAGGGGGCCCGGGCUUCUGGGCGGAGCCCUACCACUGGCCGCUGCUGGUUUUCCUGCUGCCCGCCUGUCUCUACCCUUUCACGUCGUGCUGUGCGCACACCUUCAGUUCUAUGUCACCCCGCGCUCGGCACAUCUGCUACUUCAUGGAUUAUGGAGCGCUCAGCCUCUACAGCCUGGGCUGCGCCUUCCCCUAUGCCGCCUAUUCCAUGCCGACCUCCUGGCUGCACGGCCGCCUGCAUCAGCUCUUUGUGCCUGCCGCCGCACUCAAUUCCUUCCUGUGCACCGGCCUCUCCUGCUACUCCCGGUUCCCUGAGCUGGAAAGCCCUGGGUUCAGUAAGAUCCUCCGUACAGGCGCCUUCGCCUACCCCUUCCUGUAUGACAACCUCCCACUCUUCUAUCGGCUGGGACUGUGCUGGGGUAGGGGCCACAGCUGUGGGCAGGAGGCACUGAGCACCAGCCAUGGCUACCACCUCUUGUGUGCACUGCUCACUGGUUUUCUCUUCGCCUCUCACCUGCCUGAGCGGCUGGCACCAGGACGCUUUGACUACAUCGGCCACAGCCACCAGCUAUUCCACAUUUGUGCAGUGCUGGGUACCCACUUCCAGCUGGAGGCAGUGUUGGCUGAUAUGGGAUCUCGCCAAGCCUGGCUGGCCACGCAGGACCCGCCCCUGGGCCUGGCAGGCACAGUGACCACGCUAGGCUUGGCAGUGGCUGGGAACCUGCUCAUCAUUGCUGCCUUCACAGCCUCCCUAUUUCGGGUCCCCAGUACAUGCCCCCUACUGCAGAGUGGCCCGCUGGAGGGGGGUACUAACACCAAACAACAGUGAGGCCCCAUCUCUGAGCCAGCCCUGGAGGGAGGCAAAGGCCAGGCCUUGAUGCUGGGGAGGAGCCCAGACCCAGACCUGAAAAAGUUGGGGGCACAUCUAAGCCUGGAACCAAAAGUAACUGAGGAGAGAGUACAGAGGAGAAAAGGCAAAGAAAGGAUAGGAGAGAAGAGCUGGUGGGGCUGGCAGAGCAGGAGGGUCACAGGGGGUGCUCUUGAUGGGUCUUGGGGAAGUGCUGAGGGUCUGAGAGGGAACAUGUGUGUGUCCAGGCUGGAGAGCCCUCCCGCCCUGGCAGAGGCUGAGAUGGGGAGGUGCUGGGGCCCUUUUACAUCUGGUCCCAUUUCUGGUCCUCCUGAAAUUCUAUGCUCAGCCCAAGGAAGAACUAACAUGACUAACCUAGGUCAACCCUGAAUGCUUGUUAACCAGGCCAGGAGGCCUGCUCCUGCCCGCCACCUCCCAAACCAGGCAGUGCCAUCUGCCGGCAGCCCUUUGCCUAUAGUGUUGAGUCUGUCCUGGUCACAGUCAUGUACUCAAGGUGUUCAAGUCUUUGGGAUUUGGGUCUAUUUGGGUGUCAUGGAUGGUACAGUGGGCUGGGGUGAGGGAAGGGUGCUGGGCUAGAGGGGAAACCCUAGUUAGACUUUAGGAAGCCACCUUUAGUGCUUCUGGA